AUUGCAUGGGGGUGUCUCCUCAGUGUGUGGGAAGCCGAAGAUGGUUGGAAAGGUGUUCGGUGGCCAGGAUACAUCUGCUGGCCAGUGGCCAUGGCAGGCCAGCCUGCUGUACCGGGGCUUGCAUCUCUGUGGAGCUGUCCUCAUUGAUUCCCAUUGGCUGGUUUCCACAGCCCACUGCUUUCUAAACAAAUCCCAGGCCCCAGGGGACUAUCAGGUUCUGUUGGGAAAUACUCAGCUGUACCAGAGAACACAGCACACUCAGAAGAUGUCUGUGAACCGUAUCAUCAAACACCCAGACUUUGAGAAGUUUCAUUCCUUUGGGAGUGACAUUGCAAUGCUGCAGCUGUGUCUGCCCGUGAACUUCACAUCCUACGUUGUACCUGCCUGCCUCCCACCUAAAGACACACAGCUCCUCAACUACACUUCCUGUUGGAUAACUGGAUGGGGAAUGCUUUCUGAAGACACAAAACUGUUACCACCCUUCUCACUGCAGGAAGGUGAAGUGGGAAUUAUUGAGAAUGAACUUUGUAAUGCCUUAUAUGGGCAAAGACCAGGCCAAAGCAGGGGCUAUGUGCAUGAGGAAAUGCUGUGUGCAGGGGGCCUCUCCACAGGAAAGUCCAUCUGCCGGGGUGAUUCUGGGGGCCCCCUCAUCUGCUACCAAACCAGUGCAUGGGUCCUGGUAGGACUGGCCAGUUGGGGCCUGGAUUGCCGGCAUCCUAUUUACCCCAGCGUCUUCACCAGGGUCACCUACUUCACUGACUGGAUCAGCCAAGUCAAGGGACUCACUCCACUUCCAGAAUCUGAAUCUGUGUCUCCUCACACAGAACUUCAACCCAGGCCUCUGAGAGCUGCUGGCUCCCCACAGCCCUGCAGCAUCCUCAUAGCUGCACAAGUCUGGUUCCUGCUACUAUUUAUCCCUGAGGCUCAAGACCAGGCCCCAGGGUGAGCACCAGGCCUUUGGUUAUUCUUGGCUCAGGCUUGUCUAAGCUAUAGUCUCCACUCUUUAGUUUACCAUCUGCACCUUUUCCUCAGCAUAUCUGCCCAUUCACUGCCACUACACAAAAAGCCCAGGAAAGCCAAGCAAUAAAGCUUCAUCCUUCUUCAACUCUUAUUUCACCACCCUUGUAGGUUUCCCAUAUCCCUCAGUGAUCAGACUUAUCCUGGAGUUAGCCAUCAGACCUCAAAAGGGAGGAAAUGGAGCAUCGGAGCAUCGCAAGGAAACUCUCCUUGAGGAAAAGGCAAGGAAAUUAGGGCAUGCCUAAUUGGGAAGGCAAAUGGGGGCAUGCCCACUACAGGGAUACUAAGGAGUCAGGAUUCAUUCUGGUUAGAGAGUGACAUCUCUCUGGCCUUGUAGAUUGUCCAUGCCUUGGGGAAUGCCAAAUCCUUCCGGGAAAAUAGAACUUUACAUCUGUCCUUCAAGUUAAAGGGAGCAAAGGCCUCUUCCUGAAGUAGGGCAGCAGCACUCCUGGGAUUUUAAGGAGGAAAAGCCAAUGCACAGAGAACCUGAGAGACUGUUUGAAGUGAUUUUGUGGGGUGCUGUGCUAGGAUCAAGUCAAAGGGAUAGACAUGUGACUUGUGGCUAGAAGCCUCAAUGGAUGUGGGGGACUAGAACAUUAGUCAGAAGCAGACAGAAGCUGUUCUGGUGGCUGUAUGAAAACUAAACAUUAAACCAACAGUGCUCAAAUCUCUACUCCUAGAUGAAUACUCAGCAUCACCCUCACCUACUCCCAGAGACCCCACUCUUCCCACAAACCUGGUCCCUGAUGUCUGAAGCCCAGGCCAUACCUAUCUCUGUCCACACUUCAGUGGUCAGAACUUGUUGUAACCUUGUUGUUUAGUUGACUCGGGACUUAGUAAUCUAGGAAAAUUUAAAACAAAAAAUGGUCUUGUGGGCCCAUUCUUUAGGCAAUUGUACCAGGCACAGAGUAUUUAUGUGGCCAGAAAGAGUUAAGAGGCCUCACAAUGCUGCCCAUCCCAGCCUUUAGAACCCUCAAUAAAGAGGAGAGCUCCUGCUUAUCCCAGGUCCACAGGAACCAGACACCACUCAUGAGAUUUAAAAUAAAUCCUUUCUUAUCUUGG